GAGUGCUAUGGAAAGGUGGAGAUCGGAGUGUUUUCUUUGUUAUUUUUAAAGUCCGAUGAUCGCACCUAUGACCCGCUUCUCGUGUAGCCGCACAGCGCGCUGUUCCCGAUGCGCUCGGAAACGGAGAGAGCUUUCGCACAGGAAGAAUCAUUUCACAGUGGCAUUAGAAUCAGUGUGGAUCUGAUUGUUCUGCUGUGUGGGCUGUGGUGGGAUCGGGUGCAUGGACACAGUGAGGAUGAAUGUGAAGGAGAAGGCCUACCUGGGCAGCUUUACUGAGGAUGCUCCCCGACCCCCAGUCCCAGGCGAAGAAGGUGAGCUGGUGUCUGGUGAUUGCCGACCAUAUGGCAUGGGUUUCUACUCCAAGAGUGAGAGCCUCAGAAGUGAGGCCUCCAUAGCCACGCCGAGACGGCCUGACCUGGACCUUGGCUACGAGCCUGAGGGCAGCGCCUCACCCACACCGCCCUAUCUGAAAUGGGCAGAGUCGCUGCACUCGCUGCUGGAUGACCAGGAUGGAAUACACUUGUUUCGCACCUUUCUCAAGCAGGAGGACUGCGCUGAUGUGCUGGAUUUCUGGUUUGCUUGCAGUGGCUUCCGUAAGCUAGAGACAGGUGAUGGCAACGAGGAGAAGAAGCUCAAGCUUGCAAAAGCCAUUUACAAAAAAUACAUCCUGGACAGCAAUGGCAUUGUGUCACGGCAGAUCAAACCAGCCACCAAAAGUUUCAUCAAGGACUGUGUGAUGAGGCUGCACAUUGACCCGGCAAUGUUCGACCAGGCCCAGACAGAAAUUCAGUCUGUGAUUGAGGAGAAUACCUACCCUUUGUUUCUCAAGUCUGACAUUUAUUUGGAAUACACCAGGACAGGUGGUGAGAGCCCAAAGCCAUACAGUGACCAGAGCUCAGUGUCGGGGAAUGGAAAAGUGCUGCCUGGGUAUUUGCCCACACUGAAUGAGGAUGAGGAGUGGAGGUGUGAGCAGGAGCCAGAGGAGCACGGGGAGAGUGACUCAGCCCCCAGUAAUCGGCUCACGCAGAAGCUACUGCUGGAGACAGCGCCUCAGCGUGCGGCCCAUAGCAAAAGAUACCAGGACAGUCAUGAGUACAGACAUGCUUCAUGGAGGGAGCCAUUCAACCCAUACUACAUCAACACCGGCUAUGCCCUGGCACCAGCCACCAGUGCCAAUGACAGCGAGCAGCAGAGCAUGUCAAGCGAUGCAGACACUAUGUCCCUAACAGACAGCAGCGUAGAUGGUGUCCCUCCCUACAGAUAUCAUCGGAAACAGUCUCGACGUGAGAUGCACGAAAGUGCCAAAGCUAAUGGACGAGUGCCACUACCUCAUAUUCCUCGCACAAACCGGAUACCAAAGGAUAUUCAUGUGGAGCCUGAGAAAUUCGCAGCAGAGCUGAUCAACCGGCUGGAAGCUGUGCUGAGGGAACGUGAAGCCGAGGAGAAACUGGAAGAACGCCUCAAGAGAGUGCAGCUGGAGGAAGAGGGAGAUGAUGCAGACGUGUCCACGGCGCCGUCUGUGGUUAGCCACAGGCUGCCUCCAGCAGUGCAUUUGCAGCAUUAUACAGCGCGCUACUCAGAUGCCAGCUAUGGUGGGCUAGGGCUGCGUGAUGCACAUGAGGAGAACCCCGAGAGCAUUUUGGAUGAGCACGUGCAGCGUGUCAUGAAGACCCCUGGCUGCCAGUCACCCAAGUCGCGCUCACCCGAUGGUCUGCCUGCGGCUAAGUUGCCUUGCCAUCCCGCAUUAUUGCCCGGCACACAAGGAAAACACCAAGCAAGGCUAGUACCCAAGGGUGAUCCGACACACAUUUACCACCACAAACACGCACAGUACUCACACCAUGCCGAGGCAGAAGGCAUGAGGCCUUGGAACAUCGAGCAGCACCAUUACGGCUCUAAGACGAGAAACUAUUCAGACGGCCCCAGCGCUAUGGAUCCCAUGGGCUACAGCAGUAAAGGUGGCACAAUGUCAAAACGGCAGUCCAAAAAAGGUGAGGAUAUGCGAAACAUGGAGAUGCGAGAAACAGUUCCUCCUGACGAUAUAGACAGGAAUCAGAAGAUCAUGCAGUGGAUGAUGGAGGGAGAGAAGGAAGUGGGACGGUCCAAGAAGAGCCCCUAUGGGAGCAUCUCAGGCUCUAAGAAGGCUCAGGGUCACGAGUCAGGCAGGCCGAGCUCAGUGGAGCGGCCGGGAGCCGUACACCCAUGGGUGAGUGCGCAGCUUCGCAACAAUGUGCUGCCCUCACACCCGUUCAUCCAGGACCCGACCAUGCCUCCGAACCCAGCACCCAACCCCCUCACACAACUGGAAGAGGCCCGCAGACGACUUGAAGAGGAGAAGAAGAAGUCUGCAACCCUGCAGACCAAGCAGAGACACAAAGUAAUAAAAAAGCAACCGUGCGAGAACAUCACUGUGGCCUAUUACUUCUGUGGCGAACCAAUCCCAUACAGAACCUCAGUCAAAGGGAGGAUCGUCACACUGGGACAGUUUAAGGAGCUGCUUACCAAGAAAGGGAGCUAUAGGUAUUAUUUUAAGAAAGUGAGCGACGAGUUUGACUGCGGUGUGGUAUUUGAGGAGGUGCGUGAAGAUGAUGCCAUACUGCCCAUCUUUGAGGAGAAGAUCAUUGGUAAAGUGGAGAAGAUUGACUGAAGGUCUUGAAGGUGGUUAGCAUAGCGGGCAGAGUUCAACCUUUUAGGAAAAGCUACAUGGCAGCCAGAAGGGGAAGAAGCAGAUGGUGCCAAGCUGAAGUGGGGCUGCUGAUAGAUGGAACUGUGUAUGUGAGGGUGGGUCUGGGGAGGAAGAAUUGAUGUGUGUGUGUUUGUGUGUGUGUAUAUAUAUAUAUAUAUAUAUAUAUAUAUGUGCACGGAGAGAGAUAGAUGCAACAAUAGAAGAACUGUGGGAAGUAUACGAUGAACUUCACGGCUUCUAUCACUGCACUGUAGCCUCUUCUGGUCUCAGCUGCCCUGUGCUGCUGGUCAUCGUGGCAUGCAGUGAGCUUUUGGACUUUACAAAGGAGCGAGGCAGCACACUCACCAUACUGGUAUAUUCUAACUUUGAAAUGUAAUGUAGCAAUGUAAAGUUUGAGUAGAAAAAAAUGAGUUGCUAAGAAAUAUGUUUACUAAAGCUGCAUAUUUUUGAUAUGACUUAUCAAGGAAGGUAUUCUUUCUAAUGUAACAUCUCGUAAUUUUUAUAUGUACUGGUACCACAUGUACAGUCUGUUUAAAACAACAAAAAGAGGAAAAAAGUUUUAUAACUAUUUAAAUAUUUAAAAGGAAAACCCCUAUUGGCUUGUUUUUUAAAGCUGUGGCAGAUCGAGAUCAUCAUUUUCAUAAGGACCUUUUGUGCAGGAGGCUGGAUGAAAACCGGAAACCAUAGCUCAUGCUCCACCAAGUGCUUUUAACUUUUAAAUGCAACCCUAUGUGUUCUCCAUCUAACUGCUUUAAGCCGUGGUCACACCGUACUGUCGGUGAAAUGCAAUAUUAAUUUUAAAAGGGAAAAAAUUCUUCAGUUCUUGCAUCUCGAACUUCCACUUCCAAUCCCCCAUCUCCCACUUUUGUUCGUUCCAAUUUCCGAUUGUGAAUCUGCUGCCGCUUACACAGUCUUCAGUCAGAUCGAGGAGAGCUGGAUCACAGCACACCCCCUGUGACACGUGUCUGAUCUGCAGCCGCUUUAUAUCUUCUCCCAGUGUAGAGUUGCCACACAGAGCCGUAUCACGUAUGGAGAGCCAUGCCAAUUCACCCCAACUCCCUUUCCCAUCCUUGCGCAAGUGCCCGGACCAGUCCUAGAGAUCUGCAUAUCACAGUCGGAAGAGACCCUGUCUGACCACCCCCCUCCCAAACGUGGUGAGGUCAGUGGCUGGGCUGAAUUCAGACACUUUGCAGUGAUGUAUUGCGCCACCAGAGCGCCCUGCAAGAAACACUUGAAAUUACCAUUUACUAAACUUGACAAAUAAUGGAGCUGCUUUGCCAAGAUGACCACUAACUGUUUGGCAGUUUAACUACAAAAUGUUUUGUAAAAUAGGUGUUAAACAAAAAUGUAUAAGCAAAUUACAUGCACACAUGCAAGCAAAGUCCACAGUUAAACUGCAGGACAAUGGCAGACUAAUUUAAUGUCUGGUCUUCCAUUCCCAGCAUGGUCACUUACAUUUCACAUGCCCAUGUGAACGGCUAGUCUUCGCUGCGUCAAUGUUUCGGGCGAUACAAUGGUAGAGUCGUUUGUCUUUAAACGAUCAUGCCGUUAUGUUGACUGUUUAGCGGAGACGAGGCAGUAUCAGACCUGUUGCUUUGUGAUUUUUGUUCUUUGACUUUACUUACAGCUGCUGCCGAAAUGAAAUAUGCACCAGUACAUUUAGUCAUCUUGUUCAGUGGUUCUUAACCUCUUUAUCCAAAAAGGGCCAAAAGCUAGUCCUGUAUGCCACAUGCGUGUUGUCAGUUGUUCAUGUCUGUAGUUUAGAAAUGUGGACUGCAUGUGUAUAUCUCACAGGGCCACAGGUUGGGAACCACUGGUCUUGGCUGUAUGUGGCCAGGCCACAAAUGCGCCUUUAACAUGGCUAAAUAUAUAAGCAAUGAAAUGCAUCUAUGGAAUCUUACACAACACAUCAAUGAUUUGUAACAGAUUUAUAUUUUUAUGUACUUCAUUUCCAAAUAAAAACUGAAAUGUUCUCAGUUGAUGUCACUAUGCUUGCAUAUUUUCAAGUGGUCCAUGUUAGUGGUUUAGUAGGAAAGUGCUGGAUUGGUGGCCUACAUAAAGAUCAUGUUUACACUCAGCUGGAUGUGUUACAAUAAGGUAACAAAGUAGGCUAUUUACAUCACAUUGCUGUAAAAUAUAGAUUUUAUUUUUUAAUUAAUGUAAUUCUAGAUUAAAAUGAUAGACAUGGUAAGAGGUCACAAAACAAAACACCAAAGAACAAUAUGCUUGUAUGAAUUGUGCUAUUCAUUUCCAUUUGUGUUUAAUUGAGUCGUUUCCACACAUUUUACCUAAACAAUUUGUGUCCGAGGAUAACCAUAUUACGGGAAUUCUUGCUGGGAUGACAUGGGCUGAUUUUUGAACAGUAAAUGGUGCUGCAAUGGUAUUACAUCCUGGCCUUGUGUAGGAGAAACCUGUCAUGUACAUUUGUUUCUUUUUUUUUCUUUUCUUACACCAUCCCAUUAAAGUUGUAUGCAUUAUCUGUAAGCUUGAAUGAAAUGGGUACUCAACAGUGAAAGCUUUUUUUUUUUUUAUCAUUCGAAAAGUUUUGAAUCAUGGCAAUUACAGCAAAAAAAUCAUCAUGCUUAGGCUUUUUCAGUGGGCAUGUAGAGAGGUUCGUAAUUACUGUGAAAAGCCUGCAAGUGAGCUCCUCUCACUUUGAAUCGAUUUUGUACAUAGUACAUCACGGAGUGCCUUGAUGAGCAUGAUCACGCUCUGCAGUCUCACCCCUCUGCUCUUUCUGAGGAGUAGCAGGGACUAGAAUCAUUGCCUUUUUAUUUGAAGCCUUAUGUUUUUAUUUUGCCUCAAUGUAUGAACUUAUUUCUGUUAGUUUAUCAUAUGAAGUGUUGUCCCACAUUUGAAUAAGCCUUUUUUAUGUAAAUAUGUACAUUUUUAUGUGUCUUCAGCCAGCAACCUGAUUUGGAUAAUUAGUGCCCUGGUUCUGCUCAAGUGUGCUGAGUUGUACAGUUAUCAUUUUAUGGUACGUUGAAAAAUAAAGACAUGUAAUAAAACUGAUAA